AUGUCGAAGGAAACAACAGCGGCGGAUGUUUGGACAGUUUUGGAAGAGAGGUACAUGGCUAAAUCGGUACCGAACCACAUCAAUUUGAAGCAACGGCUAUAUGGCUUCAAAAUGAAAGAGGGAAGGUCUUUGAGUGAUAAUCUUGAUGGCUUCACUAAGUUGAUUCAAGACAUGGAGAAUAUGCAAAUCUCAAUUGAGGGAAACGAACACUUUGUGGAUACUCUCAAGUAUGGAAGAAAAACCUUGGAUGAGAAGGAAGUUAUAGUGGCGAUAGUUGCUAAGGAUGCGGAGAAGAGCUUGAGUGGCAAAAGUAGUGAUGGGUUGGGACUCACAGUGAGAGGAUUUUCCAGAGAGGUUGGAAAAGGACAGGAGAAGCAAUCCGAUGGAGAUGCAAAUGUUACCUUGGAAGGUUAUGAAAGCUCUGAAGUAUUGCUUGAAACCGACCGAGACAAUGGUGUUGAGUGGAUACUUGACUCGAGUUGUACUUUCCAUAUGAGUCUGAUGAGGAGUUAUUUUGAUAUAUUUGAGGAACUAGAUGGAGGAUUUGUUCUUAUGGGGAACAAUGCAGUUUACAAUGUUGAGGGGAUUGGUACGAUAAAGUUGAAGCUUCAUGAUGGAGUUGCGAGAACUUUGUCGGAUGUGCGGUAUAUUCCCGGGUUGAAGAGGAAUUUGAUUUCUCUUGGUACAUUGAAUGAGCAUGCAUAUAGUUAUAAGGCCGAGAGAGGCACUUUGAAGGUCUUGAAGGGUUCAAUGGUAGCGGUGAAGGCUUCUAAGAAGAAUGGCUUGUAUGUGCUAGAUGGAAAUGUGGUUCAAGGUGAAGCUUCGGUCUCGGUGAAUGAGAAAGUGAGCGACACCACACUUUGGCAUAGAAGGAUACACCAUAUUAGCGAGAAAAGGCUAAUUGAGCUUAGUAAACAAGGGCUUUUGUGUGGGCACAAGGUGGAGAAACUUGACUUUUAG